CCAAUUUGGAGGUGUGUUCCCUUCUUGGUUGCUUGAGAAUAACACAUUAUUAUAUAGUAUUGUUUUGGGAGGUAACUACUUUACGGGUCCAUUGUUACUGCCAUCACAUUCUAAGCUACAUCUCUAUCGGAUAGAUUUAUCUGACAACCAGGUAGAAGGUCAAAUUCCUACAAAUGUUAGUGUAAUUUUUCCAAUUCUGCAGUACUUAGAGAUGCCUGGAAAUUUUUUCCGCGAAGAGAUCCCUGCUAGCUUGGGUGAGAUGGAGUCAUUAGAAGAUUUGGACUUAUCAAACAAUCAAUUUUAUGGAGGAAUACCAUGGAAGUCUGACAAGCUAAGGUCCUCGUUGAGGGUAAUUAAACUAUCAAACAACAUAUUGCAUGGCCAUAUACUGUCUACUGAUUUUAACUCUACCACCACAUUAUGGACUCUUGAGUUGGAUGGCAACAACUUUGUGGGAGAUAUACCUAAUUUCUCAACCUUUUCCUCUUUUUUGACACAAUUGGAUUUUAGCAGUAACUUCUUAUCUGGCAAGCUUGCAAGAUGGUUAUCAAACAUCUCCUAUUUAUCUAGUAUUAGUCUGUCCAAUAAUUACUUUAAGGGAACUAUUCCGUCGGACUUUUGCAAGCUUCAUGAACUUGGUUUUCUGUAGUUGUCUAAGAAUUAUCUAUCUGGCUCUAUACCACCUUGCUUUAGCAAAAUACAGUCUCUCAACCAUGUCCAUUUGAAUAAUAACAUGCUGCAAGGUCGAUUACCACAUGAUUUUCUUAACAACUCUUCUAUUCUGGUGGUGGACCUUAGAGAUAACAGCUUUAGCGGCAUCAUUCCAAGUUGGUUCGGCAAUGUCUCAAGGUUGGGUGUCCUUCUGCGUUAUGCAAUCUAAAACAAAUAAGCAUCUUGGAUCUUUCGUGGAAUAAUUUAUCUAGUGGUCUGCCUCCUUGUUUGAGUAAUUUAAAUUUUGAAGCUAGAGUGGACGCCAACUUGGUACAUAUAUUUUACAUCUAAGGGGGAUGAAGUUGUGGAGUUUAUGUUAAAAGAGUAG